GAUGGGUGAUGCUCAACGCUCCCUCAUUAGACAACAGAGAGGAGAGGUCAGGAAGAAAGCGCUUAUAAAUCACCCCUGCCUCCCUCGCAGCCCGGCUAGUCGGGCGCUCCCUUGCCCCAGGACACCGCGGACGGCCGCCUAGAGCCCUGGCCAGCUACCUGAGCCCGCAGCAGGAAGAGAAAAUCCAUUCAGGAGAGACUCUUCUUCAUUGCCUCACCCUAUGGAGGAAUCACCACUGCCCAUCCACAGUGAGGAGGGGACAGAAGUCCCAACUGCUUUCAUGAACUUUACUUUGAGGGGUGUCCUUUGGAAGAAUCCACUUCGAAGAGUCACUGGACUAUAAAAGAAAGGCACAGAGAACCCCAAGUUAGUUCUUUCACCUAAGAAGACAAAGGCACCAGCACCUUUGGGCCUCUGGAAGACAUCGUGACCGAGGAGAGGGCCAAUAACCAUCUUGCUGGAAGACUGGGGAAACCAGAAACAUGGCAACAAAGGAGAAGUUGCAAUGUUUGAAAGAUUUCCACAAGGACAUCCUCAAACCUUCCCCUGGCAAGAGCCCUGGGACACGCCCUGAGGAUGAGGCAGAGGGGAAGCCGCCUCAACGGGAGAAGUGGGCGAGUAAGAUUGAUUUUCUGCUGUCCGUGGCUGGUGGAUUUAUUGGUUUAGGCAAUGUCUGGCGAUUUCCGUAUCUCUGCUAUAAAAAUGGCGGAGGUGCAUUUCUUAUACCUUAUUUCAUUUUCUUGUUUGGGGGAGGUCUUCCUGUGUUUUUCCUGGAGGUGGCGCUAGGACAGUAUACCUCUGAAGGAGGAAUUACGUGCUGGGAAAAGAUCUGCCCUAUUUUCACUGGAAUCGGUUAUGCUUCCAUAGUGAUUGUGUCCCUUCUGAAUGUGUACUACAUCGUCAUCCUGGCUUGGGGAGUGUACUAUCUGUUCCAGUCAUUUCAGAGCAUCCUACCUUGGUCACUUUGUGGUCAGAAGUGGAACACACCUACUUGCGUGGAAGACACUCUCAGGAAGAACAAAACACUCUGGUUGUCAUUGAACAUUACGAACUUCACUUCGCCCGUCACAGAGUUUUGGGAGCGCAAUGUACUGAGCUUGUCUACGGGGAUUGAAGAUGUCGGUGUUCUCAAGUGGGAUUUAGCACUGUGUCUUCUCUUUGUCUGGGUGAUAUGUUUCUUCUGCAUUUGGAAAGGCGUCAAGUCUACUGGGAAAGUUGUGUACUUCACUGCUACAUUCCCAUUCGUCAUGCUUAUUGUGCUGUUAAUCCGUGGUGUCACCCUGCCUGGAGCUGCAGAGGGCAUCAAAUUUUACCUUUACCCUGAUGUAUCACGGUUAGCAGAUCCACAGGUCUGGAUAGAUGCCGGGACACAAAUCUUCUUCUCAUAUGCAAUCUGCUUAGGAGCAAUGACAUCCCUGGGAAGUUACAACAAGUAUAAAUACAACUGUUACAGGGACUGUUUGCUGCUGGGAUGCCUGAACAGUGGUACCAGUUUUGUGUCUGGCUUCGCAAUUUUUUCCGUCCUGGGCUUCAUGGCACAAGAGCAAGGGGUGAACAUUGCUGAUGUGGCAGAGUCAGGUCCAGGCCUGGCCUUCAUUGCCUACCCAAAAGCUGUGACCAUGAUGCCGGCGCCUACUGUUUGGGCUAUCCUGUUCUUUAUUAUGCUUCUGUUGAUUGGACUGGAUAGCCAGUUUGUUGAAGUUGAAGGACAGAUCACGUCAUUAGUUGAUCUGUACCCAUCCUUCCUAAGGAAGGGUUACCGACGGGAAAUCUUCAUUGCUAUAGUGUGUUUCCUUAGCUAUCUUCUGGGACUAACUAUGGUAACUGAAGGUGGCAUGUAUGUGUUUCAACUCUUUGACUACUAUGCAGCUAGUGGUGUAUGCCUUUUGUGGGUUGCAUUCUUUGAAUGUGUUGCUGUAGCCUGGGUUUAUGGCGCUGAUAAUAUUUACAAUGCCAUUGAAGAUAUGAUUGGAUACAGACCUGGUCCCUGGAUGAAAUGGAGCUGGAUUCUAAUCACACCACUUCUUUGCGUGGCGUGCUUUGUCUUUUCUCUGGUCAAGUAUACCCCCCUGACCUACAACAAAGUUUACACAUACCCUGAGUGGUCAAUUGGCUUGGGAUGGGUUCUUGCUCUUUCCUCCAUGAUCUGCAUCCCACUGGUGAUGGUCAUCCGCAUUGUUCAGUCAGAUGGCUCACUUAUUGAGAGAAUAAAAACAGUGGCUGCCCCUAGGGAAGUGACUCGGUGGGCCAAAGAAACGGAAAGCACCACCUCGUUCUGCCCCAAUGGAACUCCUAAUGGUGGAUUGAUUAAGCCAACUCAUGUCAUUGUGGAGACUAUGAUGUGAGCUCUCUCUGUGAGAGGAUAAACCUGCUUUAACUGCCAUUUACUAACAUAGAUUCUCAUAGGACCGGGUUUACAGAGCUUUAUAUUUGCACUAGGAUUUAUUUUUAUUUCUCACAGAGAAAGUUAUUUUUUGUGGUGUUUUUUUCUUUAUUUUCCUUUUUUUUUUUUUUUUUUAACAUAUUUUGUAAGGUAGUCACAGCAGAAGCCUCUUGCAGGAGGCAGUUUUCAUAUCAGACUAGACCUAUUACAGGAACUUACUACCAUUUGGGUUUUUAACAUGUGUUAAUAGCUCUCUGAAUAUUAUACAUUUUAUCACUUGAAAUUGAUUUUCUUGCCAGCAAUAUAUUCAAAGCUCAGAAAGCAAUUUUUUUAGGUGCUGAUGUGGUUGGGAAUAAGGUAAAACCUAGAACUCACAAGUGAGCUCUGUUGAGAGAAAUUUCAAAAAAAGAAGAAAAAAGGUGGAUGUUGCUUCAAGGGAUUGGGUUUCAAAGGUGUAGUGCUUUUCUUCCUCUGGUUCAGGCAGGGUGAAUGACAGAUUUCUGAGUCAUGAUGUUACCUUUGCUAUGUUCCAUGUAAAUAUAUAUAUCUGUUCAGCUGGAGGAGAGAAAUUUAUGGGGGAGGGGGAAUGUAGUUAGGAAUUAAAUACCCAAUCAGUAUGCCUGUCCCUCCUGAGCAUUGCGUAAAAAGUCCAGUCACCGUAGAAGACAACAUACAUAUUGCCUGAGGAAGGAGUUUUGUGUACAUACCCUUUAGUUUCCUGCACACUAUAGGUUAGCUGAGUUGUUACUGGUUUAAACUUGCACUGUGUACAAACAGAGCAGUAGGAGGAGCUUGUGUGAUAGCUAAGAUCUGAAUUAUAGAGAGGCAGCGUUCGUGUUUUAUGGAAUUUAAAAUAUAUAUGUAUUUUGUAAACUGUUGGGCUUUGGUAUCAAAAGAAAAAUAUAUUGAGGACAAUGAUUACACCAAGCUUAACACCCAGCAUGUUAUUCAUUACCACAGGAGCAAAGCAGCCCACGUAUAUAUUGUGCACCGGGCCUUUCAGGCAGGCGCAGUUUUAAUAAUAGUAAUUAAAUGAAGAGGACAAUAAUGCUUAGCACACCCAUAGGCGCUGUUCAUCCACAUACCUCAAAUUGGUGUCCCUGUUUAUUUAUGUAUUUAUUUGACUGUUGUUGGUGCACUUGGGGAAGCAGGGCCCAGGGAGGGAAAGUGACUUGGCCAGGGUUACAGCAACUCAUUGGCAGAACUAGGACUAGAACUCAGCUCUCCUGACUGGCUUGUCCUGGAGGACCAUGCUACCACCAUUUUGUUUUUUGGGUAAUGCAUUUAUGGGGGACAAAAAGGGGGGAAUUCAACCUACUAUAAACUAGGCCUUUAUGUAAAUUAAGAGAAAGAAGUAUGUAAUUUUUCUUUGGUUAAAAAAACAUUACAUACCAUUCCAAUUUAGACUUAAGAAAAAUAAAAAGAAAGCAUUUAAUGCAGUACAAAGCUCCUCAAUGGAUUUUAAAGCUGGGUGGCUGUAGGUAAACUGACCACUGAUCACAUAGGCCAGGUCAAGAAUUCCAGUAGAUAUUUGCUCCCUGAAGAAUUUAAAAAAUCUAGAUCACUCUUGUUUCAUAAACCUCAACACACGCUGAGAAGAGGCUCCCUGAAGAAAUCCAGCCCUUUCCAUUUGGGAGAUAA